AUGGAAAGAAGCGUACUAAAAAUAAGAAAAAUACCUAAAAUUAAAAGCGAAAAAAUAAGACGAAAAACAAAAGUGAUAGAUGCCUUACAUUAUGCCCUAAAACAGAAGUGGCUAUGGUCGAGGCAUAUAGUAAGAUACACAGAUGAAAGGUGGACUAUAAACUGUAUAGAAAGGAUCAAGGGAAAGAAGAAGAGGGCGCCCCAAGAAAAGGUGGAUAGAAGAAAUAGAAGCGGUAACAGGAAACAGCGAAUAGAGAAAGAAAGCCAUGGACUGAGACAGUUGGAAAAAGCUGGAGGAGGCCUUUAUCCGCCGCCGAGGCCUUUAUGA